AUGACGAUUUCAAUUUUGGCAAUGACAAGGCAGUGGUCAAAAUCAUCGGUCAAAACUGGUGCUUCCCUUGAGAACAAGGAAAAGGCCGAACUGGGAACUGACUGCUUCCAGAGGCUGACCUAUCUUUCGGAAAUCGGCGUGACCGGAAAUCGCGUGAGGAAUACGCUACAGCUCAUGGGAUAUGCAAGGUUCCCAGCGCAAGAGCUCUUCUUACAUAACUUCCUCUUCCAGCACUUGGGUGAUACUGAUUACAAUGUUGCGCGAAGAGCAACUGACCGGUUGAACACCAAGCUAGAAUAUCUCCACGGCCCGGUGUUUGAGCACGCUCAAGGCGGGCAACUUUUGGAGACUGUAAAGAAGCGUUUCGAGAACCGGGACAGUAUCAAGGGCUUUGACUCUGGACAUCCAGUCGAGGCAUUGGCCGUGGAAAACUGGCACACCAUCAUCCGGUUUAUGUUUGAGAUUGGCACAGCCUUACAAAACCUCUCGGGCGCUCAUCGUGCCGUCACGUUGUCAAACGUCUUCCUUCGCCACAGGCUCUACCCUCCAGACGUCUCCGAAAAGGUGGUCAAAACCAAGCCCUUCCUAGACCGGUACCAGGCCGUGUUUGGGAACCCCUGUCUUCCAGAAGAGGUGUACGACACAACGUUCUGGAAAUCCAUGGAUUACCCUCGCCCCGUUGGCGACCCUGACUGCGACAAGGGGGAAGGACGCCAUGAAGUUCGGAUAUUUCGCUUGCCAGCUCAUAGAGGCAGCACUGCCAGGGCUGGAAGACAUCAAGAAAUACCCUGCAAUCACGACGGGCCAUGA